AUGUAUAUAUAUAUAUAUGGCAUCAAAAUAAUACCUUAUGUUAAAGUUCUUGAAAAAUAACUUUCUUUCAGGGUGCGUAUAUGUAUGUACCUUGCUAUUCACAGUAAAUAUUUUAGUAAAUAUCUACGAAAUGGAAACGGAAAUUGUUAUGAAAGAUUGUCAUAAAUUUUAUUAACGUUUGGUUAAUAUGACGUUCUGUUAUCGCUGACAUCGAAUGUAUUUUUCUCCCCGGUUAAUUUCAUUAAUCCAUUUUAUAGUAUAGCAAAUUAUUCCAAAGUGGUGAUGGCUAAUCAUUAUGAAGUUCCCAAUUGGGCUGGGAAGCCACCAGUUGGAUUACAUUUAGAUGUACUGAAAAAUGACAAAUUAAUCCAAAAAUUAAUGGUGGAUGAGAAAAAGUGUUACUUAUUUGGCCGCAAUCAACAAUUGAACGACUUUUGUAUAGAUCAUGCUUCCUGUUCUCGUGUACAUGCUGCUCUUGUUUAUCAUAAACAUUUAAAUCGAGCAUUUCUUGUUGACUUGGGUAGUACACAUGGAACUUUUAUUGGUAAUCUUCGUUUGGAACCACAUAAACCUACACAAUUGCCAAUUGAUAGUACAUUUCAUUUUGGAGCUUCUACCCGAUAUUAUAUCAUUAGAGAAAGGCCACAAACUGGCACUAGACCCAUUAUUGAGGAAUUAGAAAAACUGUCGGAGGAUACAGAUGCUGGUGGUUUAUUAGGUUUACCUGAAACAGAAACAGAACUUGAUAAUUUAACGGAAUUCAACACUGCACAUAAUAGACGUAUAUCUAUGUUAGGAAUAACAGAUGAUGAAAUUCACAAACCAACUAGGAAACGAAAAAAAAAAGGAAUUACUUUCAAUGAUGAUGAAGAAGUAAUAAAUCCAGAAGAUGUCGAUCCAUCAGUCGGAAGAUUCCGCAAUCUUGUACAAACGACCGUCGUUCCCAGUAAAAGAAUGCGUAUGGAAGGAGGUUUAAUAUCUUUAUCAGAAGAUCACAAUCCUUUGAAACAUCUUCAACCUACAACAACUACACCUCAACUUUAUCAAGAUUUACCACCAGAACAGUUCACCCCAUCGUCGUUGUCUCUUAAUCCAUUUUCUAGUGCACUGUCCUCGUUAUCGUCUCGACUUGGCAUUGCGCUACCAAAUCCAGCACCUGAGGUAGAGAUGACACCCAAUCAGAUACAAACGGAAACGCCACAUGUACCAGAAAUACCAGGACCUACUGAUACACGGACAAUGGAACCAAAAAAGAAAAAAUACGCCAAAGAAGCUUGGCCUGGGAAAAAACCUAUUCCAACACUUUUGGUGUAAUAACAUUAAGGAAUUUAUUUUUAUCAGAUAGUUUUAUUAUUUGAGAUUUAAGAAUUAAGUUAUAUAAGAAUCUGUGCAUAAAUUACUCGUUUAAAGUUUCAGGAAUAUAUUUAGUUAACUAACUGCAUUAGUAUCUUAAAAAUUCAAUUAAAUUUAUUUUUAUAUAAUAUAAACUAUACAAAUGUAUUUUAAAUAGUAAUUCAUUCAUUCAAAUUUUAACUUUUUUUCGCGGACAUCAAAAAUCUAAUUAAAAUUUUCUGUAAGAUAAACAAACAUAAAUAAAUAGAGAUUACUUUAGCAUUAAGGAAAAUGUAAAUGUAAUGUUAAGGUGUUACAAAAACGUGUUUGUGACACAAUACUUUAUCACAAAAAUUAUCUUCGUUAAAUACAGCCGGAAAAGUUUAUUAUAUUUA